ACUACUACUCCCGUCCUUCCCCUCGCCGUGCACCCCAACCGGGCGCUCUUCGGCUCCAAAGCCAGGCGAGGGCGCUACACUAUCUAAAUAUCUUUGAUAUUUAAUUUCGAAUUAUGUUUUAAACUUUCAUUACAUUUCGCUGGCAUUCAUAACAUAAUUUAAUAUAAGACCAAAGUCUCAUUUGUUUUUUUUUUUCCACAACAAAGAUGGCGGGAAUGUCGGCUAACUUUCGUUUCGUGUCGCAGUGUAGUGACGUUUUGUCGAGGUGGCGCGAAAUUUAGGACUAGCAGAGUAGCGUAUACAAAAGUAUCAGAUGCAUCUUGUUUUUAAAAGGCAGAAAAAAUCGAGAAUUAUUUUGAAGUUUUCAAACUAAUUAUUAGUGGAACAUGUUGUUUAUUAAAUAAGUGUAACUUGAAUGGUUUUAUUGUUCUUCGGAGGCUUCGCAAAGAUGGAUUUAUAAAUACAGUACUCUAGCUGUUUCCUUUUUAUUGUUAUAAACGUUAAUCUCUUCUAAAUUUACAAGUGUUUAUUCAGAAUUGUUGAUGUCUAGUAUCGGACUUGUGUCGGUCAUAAGGGCGAGAUCCGAGAGCUGAAACAUACUAUUUGAUAUUCACCGCUGUCUGAUCGCACUGUGUCUGUGAUGUCCGACGUGCUGUCCGAAGCCAGCGAAGGGAGCGGAGAUGACAGCCAGGAGCUGAUGACCCCAGCAGAGCUAAUCGAGAAGCUGGAAGAGGCCUGGCUGAAUGAGAAGUUCUCCCCUGAGCUCCUGGAGAACAAGUCUGAGAUUGUAGAGUGCGUAAUGGAGCAACUCACUCACAUGGAGGAGAACUUGCAGCGGGUGAAGAAGGGUGAUCUAAAGGCCAGCAUACACCGCAUGGAAAUCGACAGGAUCCGCUACGUCCUGAGCAGCUACCUUCGCUCACGUCUUCAGAAGAUUGAGAAGUAUUUUCCACAUGUCUUGAAGAAGGAGAAGUCUCGGGCAGAUGGUGACCCAUCCUAUUUAUCCCCAGAGGAAUUUGCCUUUGCUAAAGAAUACAUGGCCAACACAGAGACUUACCUGAAGAAUGUGGCUCUAAGACACAUGCCCCCUAACCUGCAGACAGUGGAUUUUGCCAAAUGUGUUCCGGAGCCCAGCUUGGACUCAUUUGUGUUCCUGCGAGUGAAAGUACAGCAGGAGAAUAUCUUGGUGGAACCAGAGACAGAUGACCAGAGUGAAUAUGCCGUUGACCUGGAGGUGGGCUCACAGCACCUGAUGCGUUACCGCACUAUAGCGCCCCUGGUGUCCAAUGGGGCAGUGCAGCUCAUCUAGGAGUGCAGCAGCAGAGCGUCCAUCGUCCCUUGGCUGAGUCUUCGCUUUUUCCAGCUUGGUUACUCAAGCCUGGUUAAAAAAGAUGAGAACGAAGUGGACAAAUUCUACAGAAUUUUAAAAAGAAAGAAGGCGGUCUGAGUUGGUCUGUUAAAUGGCAUUAGUUUACACACGUCUGUAAUGACAGGAUCUAAAACGUAAGGAGUGGUUGUAGAAGAUUUUUUUUCUUUUUUUCAUUCUUUUCUGUAUUUACUUUCAAAAUGAUCUGAAGAGACAAAGGGACAACACUUCAUAUCAAUGGAAAGAAGAUUUAAAAGACUUUAAAAGUUUUUAGUUCUCCUGUCUGGAUUAAUGAAUGCAGUGUGUUACAUUCCAUGCGGGGUUGAGCUGCAGUCAAAUGGAUAUUUGUGUAAAACGAUUUUCCACAUCUUCUUACACUUUGAACACACAAAGUGUACCUUUGUGUACACUGUUCAAAGUGUACACAAAGGUACACUUUGAACAGUACCUUUAACAGUUAUGGCAGUUAAGCAUCAGUCCCAGUAUUUUCAAUUAGUUAAUUCCCAAGAACACCUUAAUUACUAAUAGCUUGGUAGAAAGAGCUUUUUAUAUACUUAGAAGAGGUAUUAUUAACAUAUCACAACACUCUGAAGAACAGUGCUUAUUGCACUAAAUUUCCAAAUUCCAUUGUUACAUGAUGCCAAUGCUAAUAUCUACAGUGGUGUUCAUUGAUAUGUAUAUUUCUAGCUUUCUAUCCAACAUUUGUAAAGAAGACUGAAAUCAGUGUUAACCUAAAAAUAGCAUUGCUUUAAUUAAGCCCUUUGCAGUCUUGGCUGUUCGAGCUGCAUGAUCACAGUGUUUCAGGAUCAGAAUCUGUAGUAGUCACACGUCGUCGUCGUCGUCCUUACCAUAUGGUACCAUGACAAGGAGAGGAGGUGCCCUGGCCUGUGAUAACCCAAUGCAGUGCCAGAUCUUAUAUAACUCUGUACUGCUGCCAAAGAGCAACUGCUUUAUGUUUCACUGGCAUAAAGACAUCCUCAUGCUCAUUUCUUGUUUAAUUGUGUGGUUACUGUUUCUGUAACUGUCAUAUUGCAUGCUGAAUUUUCCCAUUCCCCCUGGAGAACUUUCUACAGUAAUUAAAAUUGUUUACCUUUC